AACGGUUGUAAUUUUCAGAACACCAUAUGAAUGAUGGCGGUGAUGUUUCUGUACACUCAUGAGUUUAAGUGUUAUGACCAUAAUGUAGAUUCGUGAGGAGGAGCUUGUAUGUAAAGAGUACUAUUCAAAUUAAGUUGAAACUCUUUGAUUUAGUUGUUCCAGAAUUGGAGGGGAAAAAAUGAAGUGAAUUAGGUUGAACACGAAACCCAUGUUAGCUGGCUAAUGUUAGGUAGCUUUCUGUGGUGCACUUGGUUUGGAUUGACACAGGUAUGGAGGCGGAGGUCCGAUUGGAGGUCACCCACUGCGUAAGAACUGUGACAUUAUCACGGGAAACUGGAACGGUCCUUGAUGCGCUGCGCAAGCUGUCAGGUUACCUGGAUGACAGUUGCAGUGACAGGGCGGAGUUCUGCCGUGUUUUUUACACACCGCUACUGCAGGGAUUGGUGAAGGGGCUCAAUUCUGACUGGUUCCAUAAAAUGCCAGCGUCUCAGCGGACUGAACUGUGGGAUAGCUUUUUCCUGUGUGGUCCUACUGAUCAAGCUUUGCUGACACUUCUGGAUGCCAUUACCUCAAGCGAGCCCAGCGCAGGUCUUGAGCAUCUGGUGUACGUGCUGGAGCAGUUUCUGAGCACAGGGCGCAUAGAGGUCCUGCUGUGGUCGCGGUGUGAAGGAGGAGGAGUGGUGGACUCACUACAGGUCACAGAGGUGCUUCUGAACAGGCUGGUGGGGCUCCCAUCACUCACGGCCAACAAACUCCAAACAAAAACACCUCCUGCAUUCCUGCCAGAGCAGUACUGCUCCCUCCUGGCCAACACUAUCCUCAGUAUACUGGAGAAAACCUGCAAGGCCCUGAGAGGCGGGCAGGACUGCUCUUUGGGUUUUGUGGGUCAGAUGCUGGGAAAGGCAUGUGCUCAGGGGCAUACUGCACUGCUCUUCAGGACGCUGGCCCCCUGUCUGAGUGCUCACACGCUCUCCGAUGUUCUGUGGCGGCGAGUGAGUGUCAAGCUGUUGGAGAAUGUUCCAGAUCGCUGGAUGGAAGCCGUGGUUACAGGACUUGUACAAGCAGUCAAUGGCCCUGAGACUUUGUCCAGGAUUAUGGGAAAUGUAGUGUUAAAGAAUCCGAAGGCACAGUUUGUCAUCACUCACAAACUCCUGCUGCUGCAGUACCAUCAUAAGGAUUGUGUGUUGAGGACUUUGCUAGGUUAUUUGGCUCAGUGUGAUGAGCGCCGACCACUUCUUGCUCAGGUGCUGCGGGCCGUGUGUCAGGCGUGGAGCAACAGCAGUGCAGUCAAGCACACUACAGUCGAGCAGCAGCUGUACGUGAGCAAGGCUCUCCUAUUGUGUUUGAGCCUGUCGAAACCUCAGGAGAUAGAGCAGCAACAACAAGUGCUUCGGCAGUGCAUGUUGAGUGGUAUGCAGUGUCAUCUGGACAGCAGUGUGCUGCGCGUACGCAAGAUCGGCAUGGUGGUGGGCGAGUGCAUCAGUCAACACAUGGACACACCCACCGCACGCCUCUCCUUUCAGUUUGAACAUGAUGACGAGACCAGAGCUCUCCUGGAAAUACUGCAACCAGCAGAAAUAAAGCCAGAAUCAGCACACAGUCCUGAGCCAGAAGUAAAGAGUGAAGAGGUGAAGAGUCCCUCACCUCCGGGCCACAGUAACCCUUCAGAUGCAGCCUCCCAGCCGGCUGCACAGCCAGACUCUGACCUGGACAGUGAUGAUGAGCUGACUCCUUAUGACAUGUCAGCUGAUGAGGUGCAAACGAAGUGUGCUCUGCCAUACUAUCUUCGUGACUGCCUGGACGGUUUACUGACCUCUGAGGACCCAGACCGUGUGUGUGCGUGUUUACAGGCUGCUGAUGGGCUCUUGAGAAGGCACAUAAGCACUACAAAAGAGGUCAGUGUGGAGUUCAGUAAGGUACUCCUGCACAUGGAAGACAAGUACAACACCCCCAGCUUCCUCUUUCAUCGCCAGAGAGCCAUGGUGGCUCUCGCUGUCACUGACCCUAUACCUGUGUCAGAGUACCUGACCACAGAGUUCUACUCUCUUAAUUACAACCUGCGCCAACGACUGGAUAUGCUCGAGGUGUUUGCUCUCGCCGCUCAGGAGUUGUCUCAGCCAAUCACUAACAAGAGCGAGGGCAACUCUCUUGUUUCUUUUGUGAGUCCACUUGAGCCGAGUAAUGACCUGAAGCACUGGAGGCAGGUGGUGGAGGAGCGCAUCAGAAGUAAAACCAGACGCUUCAGCAAGGGCCUAUCUCAACCACCUCCUAAAGCGACCCCAAACCUCUAUGCUCCUGUAGCUGGUUACUUCUUCUUUCCAUUGCUCAGAAACUAUGACAGGCCACAGGCGACCUUUGACCUGCUGGGGAGCGACCACCUGGUGCUUGGACAGCUGUUGAGCACUCUGGGACUGCUUAUGCAUCUAGCCAUUCACGCACCGGUGGCCACUCAGAUGGGGAAGGCCCUGCUGGACUUUGUGUGGGCAUUGCGUUUCCACAUUGACCAGUCUGUGAGGCGGGGUGUGUUGAUGUGUGUGUGUGCUGUGUUCUUGACCAUGCCAAGUCAGAGUCUCCUACAAGAACUCAGUGAUGAUCUGGUGGAUACAAGAGCUUGGCUAGCAGAGGUGGCAGAGACGGAUGUAGACGCUGAUUGUCGGAGCUUGGCUGUGCAGUGCCUAGUACUACAGGAGAGGAGCCUGAAGAAGGAACUACACCCAGAAACACAAACAUAAUGAUGAAGAGAUUAUUGACUCUGAUACAGGCAUAACAUAACAGAGAUGUCCCAUUUUUAGGGACCUCAGUGGUUGCAUGGCUUCAUGGGAAAACGUGAUAUGUCCACAUUGUCAAGAGUAUUUACUGGAGGAAUACAAUGUGGAAAAAGAAAUAAAAA